CAUUGCAGAACUUGAAGAAAAUUAACCAUGGCGAGGAGGCGUGACGAGGAGGAUGAGGAGGAGUUGGAGCUGGAGGACGACUACGAGAUGGAUGAUGAGGAAGAGGAAGAGAAGGAGUAUGAUGACGGCUGUGGAAAGGCCGGGAAGAAGCGCUCGAGAUCGGAUUACAUUGACGAAGAUGAUGAAGAUGAAGAGGACGAGGACUAUGGAGGUGGUAAACGUAACAAGAAGAGGUCUGGGUCUCAUUUCUUUGAUCUUGAGGCCGCUGUGGAUAGCGAGGAUGACGAAGAAGAAGAAGAAGAUGGCGAAGAUGACUUCAUUGUGGAUGCUGGAGCUGAUAUUGCUGAAGAAUAUGAUUCAAGACAGAUUGAUCGUCAUCGCCCAAUUCUCGACGAAGAAGAAGACUUUGAGGCACUUGAGAGAAGCAUCCAGGCUAGAUAUGCAAGGUCAAGUGAUGAUGAUGAGGAAGCUAGUGAUGAUGUAGACCAGCAAGCGCUUUUACCAUGUGUAGUCAGAGAUCCCAAGUUAUGGAUGGUCAAAUGUGCGAUUGGUCAUGAGAGGGAGGUUGCUGUGUGUCUGAUGCAGAAAUGUAUUGAGAGGGGAGCAGACUUGCAGAUUAGGUCUGUUAUAGCACUUGAUCAUCUUCAAAACUAUAUAUACAUUGAAGCACACAAAGAGGCCCAUGUUAGAGAGGCAUGCAAGAAUAUGCGGAUGAUAUAUCCUGCAAAAAUAAUGCUUGUUCCAAUCAAAGAGAUGACUGGUGUCCUUUGUGUUGAAAGCAAAGCAGUUGAUCUUGCCAGGGAUACUUGGGUCAGAAUGAAGACUGGAACUUAUAAAGGGGACCUUGCAAAGGUUGUGGAUGUAGACAAUGUGAUACAGAGAGUUACUGUGAAGUUAAUCCCAAGGGUUGACUUACAAGCUCUUGCAAACAAAUUGGAAGGGAUGGAAGUUCCUAAGAGAAAAGCAAUCAUUCCUCCCCCACGUUUAAUGAACAUAGAUGAGGCUCGAAAGAUGAAUGUACGUGUUGAGCGUAGGCGAGACCCAAUGACGGGUGACUAUUUUGACAAGAUUGGUGGCAUGAUGUUCAAAGAUGGAUUUCUAUACAAAACAAUGGCUAUGAAAUCAAUUAGCAGUCAGAAUAUUGAGCCAAGUUUUGAUGAACUUGAGAAGUUUCGUCAACCUGGUGAAAGUGAUAUGGGUAGUUUGUCGACUCUAUUUGCGAAUAGGAAGAAAGGUCACUUUAUGAAGGGUGAUCGAGUGAUUGUGGUGAAAGGGGAUUUGAAGAACCUGAAAGGAUGUGUUGAGAAAGUAGAGGAAAAUACUGUUCACAUCAGACCAAAAGAAAUGAACCUUCCUAAAACAAUUGCGGUUUGUGACAAGGAGCUUUGCAAGUACUUUGAACGUGGAAACCACGUAAAAGUUAUAUCAGGUGCGUCUGAAGGUGCGACUGGUAUGGUUGUAUCUGUUGAGGGGCAUGUGGUGAACCUAGUCUCUGAUACCACUAAGGAGAUUAUACGUGUAUUUGCUGACACUGUUGUGGUAAGCUCUGAAGUAACAUGUGGUGCCACUCGAAUCGGGGACUAUGAGCUCCAUGACCUUGUGCUACUAGAGGAUAAGAGUUUUGGUGUGAUUAUAGGAGUAGAGAGUGAGGGUUUCCAGGUUCUUAAGGGGGUUCCCAAAGAAGGUGAGGUAGCACUUGUGAGUCUAAGGGAGAUAAAAGCCAAGGUUUACAAGAAAGGGAGUGCACAUGAUCGGUAUCAGAAUGGAUUAGCAGUUAAAGAUGUGGUCAAGAUUCUUGAGGGACCUUACAAGGAAAAACAAGGGCCAGUGGAGCACAUAUACAGAGGAAUGGUGUUUAUUUAUGACCGUCAUCACCUUGAGCAUGGUGGCUUUAUAUGUGCCAAGGCGCAAUCUUGUGUUUUGUUUGGUGGAUCAAGGCCAAAUGCUGAUAGAAAAGCUGGUCCUUUCUCAUCAAGCUUUGGGCGUGUUUCACAAUUUCCAGUGAGAUCGUACAGGGGUGGUCCACCCAAAAAUUUUGGAGGAAGGCAUGGACACAAUGCUUUAAUUGGUGCUGAUGUUAAAAUUCGAGUUGGGCCAUUGAAAGGAUGCAAAGGACGUGUUGUUAAUUUGAAAGGAAGUUCAGUCCUUGUUGAAUUAGAAGCUCAGAUGAAAGUUGUUACAGUUGAUCGUGGUCAUAUUAUGGAGAACGUAAACGUUAGAACACCAUUCAGAGAACCAUCUACAUAUGGUUUUGGGAGUAAAACCCAAUCACAACAUCCUUCACAAACUCCACUCCAUCCCUUGAUGACUCCCAUGAGAGAUUCCGGAGCUGCAACACCUAUCCAUGAUGGUAUGAGAACACCAAUGCGGGAGAGAGCAUGGAAUCCAUGAGUCCACCUAGAUAAAAACCAACA